UCGGCUCGGCUCGGCUCGGCUCGGCUCGGCUCGGCUCGGCGGCGCGUUGGAGGCUUCGCCCCUCGGUCCUGUGCGGGUCCCCGAGGCGGUGGCUCCGCGGGGCGGGUGCGGCCGCGCUGCCCGGCAGGCGGGGGAGGCCGGGCAUCCGCCCUCGGCAGGCGCCGCGGCGGCACCGCCGUCCCCGCGCAGCCUGUCCCGCGGGCGGCGGGGCUCAGCGCCGGUGCGGAGGCAGCGGGAGCCGGGCGGAGUCUGACAGCGCUCCCCGCGAGUCCUGGCGCCGGGGCGGUGGUGUCUGUCUUUCGGAGUUACGGGGAAAAGCGUUGCUUGUGCUGAGGCCGGUAACUUCCUAUUUCGUUACAUCCCAUCGCAGUCGCGGCGAGGCAGAGGUCACUGUUAGGCGAAACGGCCGUUCAGCAGCUCCGCAUUUCCUGCCCAGAUAGUGAAAAAGAAAUGUUCAACUGUUUGAUUUGGAUGUUCGUCCUGCUUUGCAGCUGUAUAGCAGAUGAAAACUCUAUCAGAGAUGCUGACAUUUUUCCUUCAUCACCUGAAAUUGAAAGAGGAUCCACCCUGAAACUGUUUUGUGUUCUUGGAAAACGCUACACACCUCACAGAAAUGCAAGCCACAUCAUCUGGAAAUUGAAUCAUGAAUUAGUUCCUUGGGAGAACUAUGACAUUGUGAACGAGACUGUAUCUAGUAUAACCAUCCAUAAUUUCACUUACAGCAAAGCUCAUGUGAAAUGUUUCACUAAGUACUUGGGCAAGGAACAACUUUUGGUUCACACUGAAGUUAAAACUGGCUUUCCACCAGAAACGCCAGGAAAUAUUUCCUGCAUUUAUUACUUUGAUGCUAAACUUACCUGCACCUGGACUUCAGGAAGAGAAACACAUCUUAUGACAAACUAUACUCUUUACCGAAAAAUGAUGACAGAAGGAGGCGUGACUCUUCCAAAUACAGUGCGCUCCUGCCAAAACAAAACGGAGUCAUGCUCAUUUGUCUAUCCAGAUACUCCAUUUAGUAGUUCUUUUUGUUUUCAGGUGAAAGCUGAAAAUGUUUUGGGUGAAGCCUCAUCAGAUUGUGUUCCUAUACCUAUGGAAAAAAUAGAGAAAUUUGAACCUCCUGAAAUACUUUCAGUUAAAAAAAUCACUGGUAUAAAGCAGUUGCUUACAGUAACCUGGAAAAUGCCUGAGAAGAUUAUCCCUUCACAAGAUUUAAUUUGCCAGGUUCAAUACAGAAACUUGUAUUCAAACUCUUCGGAAAUUGUCACUGUCCCACAGAAUUCUGCAGAGAAAACAGGAUCCUGUAAUCUCACAGGUCUGUGGGACUCCACAGAAUAUUCAGUUGCCAUUCAGUGUAGGAGUCUUGAGUCAAUAUUCUGGAGUGAGUGGAGUAAGGAGAAAACAGCAAGCACAGAAGAGGAAGCUCCUUCAGAAAAAGUGGAUUUGUGGAGGGUAAUUGAGUCUUCACACUCAGCUGGAAGUAGAUCUGUAUAUCUUAUGUGGAAGCCAUUAAACAGCUUUCCACCUUCUGGGAGAAUUCUAGGCUACAAAAUACAGUAUUUUCCAGAAAACCAUCCUGGACUUCAAAUGACAAACAACUCUACUGAUGAGAAGAUUAUUUUACUUUUAAAUGAAGAGGCAUAUAACAUAUCUAUUACUGCCUAUAACUCUGCUGGAAAUUCUCCUGAAGCUAUUUUGCGGAUUCCAUCCACUGGUGAAAAAACUUCUCAGAUUAUUGAAACAGUGAGGACCUUUACAACAAAUGAAGAAGUGGUUGUGGAAUGGAUAGCCUCCGAACCAGAAGUAACCGAAUAUGUAGUUGAGUGGUAUGAGGAAUUGGAGACAGAUCCUUUUAGUAGAUCAUGGCAAUAUGUAUCAAAUUCUACAAACUGGAAAACUAACAAAAAAAACUUUAAACCAUUUAUAUGCUAUAACAUCUCAGUGUACCCUGUCUAUGGAUAUAAAGUAGCAGCUCCAUAUUCAGUACAAACUUAUGUUCAAGAAAAAAAGCCAUCAGAAGGACCUGUGGCUGACACAGGCAUUCCAGGGAAAAAUGAAGUUACAAUAAAAUGGAAGGAGAUUUCAAAGGAUAAAAGAAAUGGAUUUAUCAGUAACUAUACAAUAUUUUAUAAACCUGAAGAUGGAAAAGAAUUGAAUGAAACAGUGAACUCUGAUGUUCUGCAAUACAGACUGAAGUCCUUACAGGCUAAUACGCAAUAUACUGUCUAUAUCAUGGCAAGCAAUGAAGCUGGUGGAACCAGUGGAGAGCCAAAAACCUUCAAGACUUUGAAAUUCAAUAAAGAAGAUAUUAUUUUCAUUGCUCUACCUGUUGGAGUAAGCAUGUUGUUUCUGUUAGGCCUUUGGAUAACAUGCAUUUUGAAAAAACACGCGUUUAAAAAGGUUUGCUGGCCUGAUAUACCCAAUCCUGCAGAGAGCAUUGCAGUGGAGUGGCCUCUUGAUACAUCCAUGAAUAAUUCAUUUUUGAAGGGAGUGACACCUGAGGCUAAAACCAUAGACUGUGAAGACAUAAGUGUUUUGGAACAUUGUUUCCCUGAAGAAAGUCAGGAAGGAUCACUACUAAUGAAUUGUGAAAACCAUGUUUCUGAAUGUACUGAUAUUAAUACAAAAGGCAUGAUUAACGGAGAUAAACAGAUACUGUAUAAUGAAGAAAAUGAAGUUGCUAAAUGUUUUUCACCAUCCAUGCCUUAUAUAAUUACUGAUCAAGAUAUCAGAAGUCAAAUGCAUUCAGCUUUGAUACCAGCGAAGGAAAUCCACGCCGUAGAAAUGCUGGAAGAUGAUUUAUGUGAAUCCCAACAGACUUCAAUUAAAAAUGAAGAAGAUGAUAAUGAAGAAGUUUUAAAGCUGGAAGAUUUCAGUGAAAAAGCACUGUUCAAUCCAUACCUUAAAAAUUCUGUUAAAACAAGGGAAUUUCUUAUUUCUGAGAACUUGCCAGAACACAGUAAGAAUGAACCCAAAAGCCAGUCAGCUGUCUUACCUCCUUUUCAACAAAAUGUUGCAGGACAGUCUUACAUAACACUGGACAUGUUUGGGCUGGCCACAGCUCAUUAGCGUGAGAAAACUUUCGUUUGUAAAGUCCCCUUGUGAUAUGUAUCUUGGCACUGCUGCUCAUAUGUAUUCAUAUGUUCUAACCUGGCAGAUCUCAGUUAAUUUGGAUGAAAACACCCCCUUCCUUUGAACAGCUGUGAAGUAAUUUUUUGCACUGUGUUCAUACCCAUCAGGGUUCACUUUCAGUGUGGGGUGGGUUUUUUUUUUUUUGCUUGUUUUUGUUUUUUUUACCAGAUAGAUGUGCCAGUAGUGAGGCAAAGGAAGUAGCUUUUCUUAUUUCUUCUUAGUUCUCCCAUAUCAGUCUGAUGAAGCAAACUGAUCUUUACUGCCGGAGCAUCCAGCAGUGCAAGCAGCUCACCGAUUUUUUUCCCCCCGGCAACCAGUUCCCAUGGCUGAGCAUUGCUGGGGAAGUGGGGACUGACUUGAACAGAGCCAGGAUCUGCCGAAUCCUUCCUUAAGUCACGUGGAGUAGAACUACUUUCCUGUUCUUAUUUCCCUUGAUUGUUUUAUAUCUUAUUUUAUGUAUAGUGUUCCUCCUGCUCUGCAAAUACUUGGUAGAUUUCAGUAAUUGUCUUUUUGCAUCCUGACUCUUGAAUUAGUGGUUUUGCUCAUAGUUUCUCUGUCUUUAUUGAGAGGAUAUUUGUUAUGUAUAUGCUAUUGACUUAUCUGCAUUUUGGAACAGGUAGGAUUAUGCUGGCUUUGUUGCUUCCUUCCCUUUCUCUUAUGUUUUUAAUCAUCCUCUGCAUUUUGUGCUGCUGUUCUCUCCUGUUUGUUUACUGCCUUUAAAAACUCUGUUUACUGCAGGAUAUCUUCUUAUCUUGUUCCUUUGCCUCUAAUUCUCCCAGUUUAAAACUGUGUUUCCUAGUUGAGGUUUUGAUAUUUUGGACUGAAAAAAAAUUCAACUAAAUACAGCAUCCUGUGUUGGAAUAAACACUGAAUUUAUAUUUAGGAAAUUAUUUUUCUGGGAAGUAUUGGAAAAAACCCUAAGUUUACAAAAUAUCUCCACAUAUCCUCUGGUAACUGAUUUAGGAUUGGAGAUUUCUACAUGAAGGCUAUAACUUUCGUAAUUUGUUUUAUGAUUUUGAUAAGUCAUAAAACUACUUGUAGUUUCCAUUUUAUACAGCAGCAAUUAAGCAGGAAGGUCUCCAUCACACUAUUUUUUUUCAGCAGGAAAGAGGCUAUACUGUAAAAUUCUUAACAAAAUAUAUACUCUUGUUAAAUGACAUGUUAAAAAAAAGAGAUGGAGAGUCAACUCUAAGUCAAAUGUGUUGAAAAGGGGUGUUCGGUAUGACACGUGGCAUAUAGCAGUUUUAAGACUUCAAACUAUUUUCACAGUAUUUAAAGGCUUGACGUUAUCAGUCUUGUUUGUGCAUAACUACAGACUUCUUUAGGAGUGAAAAAGAUACAGGAGUCAUGGGGAUAGAAAGUGAGAGACAAAUGUGAAUAGGAAUAGAAAGCCUUUCCAUUCUGUGCAGGAAGAGGAGUGGGAGAAUGGAAAAUACAUUGUCCAGCAUGAAUGAGGAGGCUGAGCCUUACCCUGGAUGUAUUGGCUCUUACUUGCAUUGUGUUGGGGAAGAUAGGGUAAAGCUUGCAUGUAGGCUUUUAAUGUAUAGUUUGGAAGCUGCUUUUACUUAUAGCAAUGUUUGUUUAGUUUCCAAGAAAGAAUGAGAAAGUAAUUUCUGCAAAUGAUCCUUGUACAGCAAUGCUGAUUUCCACUGCCCCAAGUUUGUUGAAUCACUUUCCCAACCACAGUGCUAUAAGCCAAAAUGUAUGUAUAUUUGUUCUUAAAAGCCCUUGCUUACUUAUCUAAGUCAUGCUCUGAAAUGAGCAUGGGACACAGCUUUGCUUGGGUCAAUGUUCCUGCUUCACUCGCUUCCAGACUUGUCACUCACAGCUACAUUGCCAUUUCCUAGGAUUCAGAAGUCACUGACUCAGGCACAGCAGUUUUUUUCCCCUUAAAUCUCAGUAUUUGUUUUAAUAUCACAAGAUUUUAAAAUAAACAGAUACAGACGUAUUUUGGGGCUUGUCUAGGAAUUGUUUAGCAGCCAUGUGAAAGCUGCAUUCUCUGAGUUUCAUGGUUGAGUUAGUUAAAAAAUAAAAAUAAUGCAACCUUUAAGAGAUUGUUAGAAAGGGGAGGUCCUUGCUGGGUGGUUUGUGCAGGGUCUCUCUGUAACAUCUAUUAGCUUCUGGAGGGUAAGUAAUAACCUGCUUUUCUAUCCCAUUUUAUUUCCUUCUCUGUUGCUAUUCUGCUUUUCUCUCCUCACUUCUGAUUUCCUUGCCCAUUAUUUUCUCUGAGAAGGAGUAAUGUAAUAAGUGUGCUCAGUACAUCUCAGAAAUUAGGGCUGCUUUGGAAUGCCAGCUUUUUGGACUUGGUUUGUUUUGCAUUGAGAGUUGUACUCUUUCUGACCUUUUACAAUUUGUCUUUCAAACUAAUGCUGUGAACAAUGAAAAAAAUAAAACUGAGAGCACGUGGAAAA